AUGUUACGAAGGUCGCGCAAGUCGCUGUUGCAACUGGCCUUCUUGUGUCUAAUCAUCUACUUCUUCGUCUCGCUCCUGCGGCCAUCUGCACCAAAAAUCUUCUCAUGGACCACGAUACGCUACAGAACAACGGCCAAAAGUCUCCCUGAAGCUCGAGGCACAUGUCCUGGUCUUGAGCAUGCCUCCAAGCCUGCUCUAGUCGUUUCGCACGUCGCCGCUGAUGGUGAUAUCGAGUGGUUAGACCGUCUCUCAUCCAAGUACCACCUUUGUGUUUACGAGGUCGAUGCGCCUUCAGAUCCGACCGUUAAGAACCUUCGCGUGCCUGCCAACCGAGGCCACGAGUCCAUUACCUAUCUCACCUUCCUGAUCGACAACUACGACUCGAUUCCGCAAGCUGGUGCAGUCUUCGUUCACGGCAGCAGGUUCCAAUGGCACAAUGACGACCCGUUGUACGACAAUGCAGCCAGCUUGGCUGCUCUGAACGUNCCCUCUGCACUCGCACCUACUGGCUAUCACAACCUUCGAUGCGAUUGGAAUGCGGGCACAUGCGACAAAGACUUUGGUCCGCCGCAGGGCAGUCUUGAAAACACCAUCAACUCUGUACUGCAACCCUGGAGUGCAAGAUCUGUUUCGGACGCUGCUAUGCCGCAAGCAUUCGCCGUCUUGUUUGGUGGAGACGAGUACCUUAAGCAUGGAAAGAGCAAGGGAUUGAAACUUGGAAGAAGUGAUUCACUGCGUGCACAAUGUUGCGCCCAAUUUGUCGUUUCCAGAGAAUCAAUACACCGACACUCGCGCGAAGAGUAUGUUGCUAUACGACAGUGGCUCCUCGAUGGCAGCUACGGCAUGUCGAGAAAUUCCAAUGCUGCUCCCCGUGACGACCGCAUCGCUGGACGAGUGCUGUCGUACCUUUGGCACAUUUUGUUCAUUCCGCAACAAGAUGGCCUUGUAGACUUGGAUGAAUUGAACAAGCAAGCAUGUCCCAGUGCCGCCGACUGCUAUUGCCGACUUUAUGGCAAGUGCGAUCUUCGUUGCAACCUGGGAGCUUGCGCUGAUCAAUAUCGCGUGCCACCAUAUAUGCGUCUGCCCAAGGACUGGGCCGAGCUGCACAAAAAUGAUGUGUAUGAUGUGCAAGAGCCUGGAGUCAAAGCCCUUCACGGAAGACUGUAUCCGAAAGCAUUUGAGCCUUGA